AGCAAGCGAAUGCUAAGGUCGGCGUUCCCGCUCGUGUCCCACCUCCCACCCCGGAAGCCGCCCGCAAUCCGCCCACGCCCACCACCCGUUCGUCCCUAUGCCUCCUCCGCCGCCGCCGCCCCGCCGCCUCCUCCUGCGCCCGCGCCGCCGGCCUCCGCCUACGUGCACCUCCCCUUCUGCCGCAAGCGCUGCCACUACUGCGACUUCCCCAUCGUCGCCCUCGGCGCCUCCUCUCCUCCCCCGCACGGCGAGGGCGAGGGCGACGGCGACGACCCGAGGAUCGGCGACUACGUCCGCCUCCUGCUGCGCGAGGUCGCCGCCACGCGCCCCGUGUCCGACGACGGGGUGCCGCUCGAGACCGUCUUCUUCGGGGGCGGCACGCCGUCGCUGGUCCCGCCGAGGCUCGUCGCCGCCGUGCUCGACGCGCUGCGGGCCAGGUUCGGCCUGUCGGCCUCCCCGGAGGUGUCCAUCGAGAUGGACCCGGGGACAUUCGACGCCGCCAAGCUGAGGGAGCUGGUGGGGCUGGGCGUCAACCGGGUGUCCCUCGGCGUGCAGGCGUUCCAGGAGGACCUGCUCCGGGCGUGCGGCCGCGCGCACGGCCUGCGGGAGGUGCACGAGGCGGUCGGGAUCGUGAGCGCGUGCGAGGGGCUGCAGAACUGGAGCAUGGACCUCAUAUCGUCGCUGCCGAACCAGACGGAGGAGAUGUGGGAGGAGAGCUUGAGCUGCACGAUCGAUGCAAGGCCCACGCAUGUGUCCGUCUAUGACCUUCAGAUCGAGCAGGGGACAAAGUUUGGGCAGCUAUAUACUCCUGGUGUUUAUCCUCUUCCAAGCGAGAUAGAUUCUGCAAACUUCUAUAAGAUUGCUUCAAAACGGCUGUCUGAAGCAGGAUAUAACCAUUAUGAAAUCAGUAGCUAUUGCAGGACUGGGUAUGAGUGCAAGCACAAUGUGACAUAUUGGCAAAACCGGUCAUUCUAUGCUUUUGGUCUUGGAUCGGCAAGCUACAUAAAUGGUGUCAGGUACUCCAGACCCAGAAGGAUGAGAGAAUAUGCAGACUGGGUUCAGAAGCUGGAAAACGGAGCAUGGAGCCAUGAGUAUGGCAGUGCAGGGAUGAAGGACAUGGCAAUGGAUGUAGUGAUGCUAUCACUAAGAACUGCAUGGGGCCUAGAUUUGCAUAGUUUCAGUAAAUCCUUUGGAAAGAGUCUGACAGAGUCAUUGUGUAACACAUUCAGGCCAUUUGUGGAGAGUGGGCUUGUAAUUGCCAUGGACAUGGAGCGGCGAGCUUUGCAUCCAAGUGAUUUUGAGUUGGACCUGCAACAUGAAGGUGACACUGGAAGCAGAGUUGCCUUCAUCCGUCUUAGUGAUCCAGAUGGAUUUUUGUUGUCCAAUGAGUUGAUUUCACUUGCGUUUGGAAUUAUUUCACCAUAACAACAGUACACUAUUUACAUGAGUAUUGAUAUUUUUUUUUAUUUUAUUGCUUUCAUCUAACCAUGCUGGUAACUAUCUAGUCUGAUCUUAGUUUUGUAGGUAAUUAGCUGAUUUCUGGAAUGCUUAGCAUUUUCUGUUGGAGCCAGUGUAACUUGGAACUUAUAUUGGUUCAUAGAGAACUGUUACACCAUUUACACAAAUGCAAAUGCAUGAUUAUCUGGUAUUUCUGCUUAUUUUUU